UCGCGCCUGCGCACCAUGCCACGCCCGGGGCGGGGGCUGAGUGGGGGCGCCGCGCCUGCGCAAAGCGGACCCGCGGACUGUGGCGUUAGGGGGAACACUGAGGUCCCGCGCUCCCCGACCGAGGUAUAUCUCCAUGAAUAACCUAAAUGAUCCCCCAAAUUGGAAUAUCCGGCCUAAUUCCAGGGCGGAUGGUGGUGAUGGAAGCAGGUGGAAUUAUGCCCUGUUGGUUCCAAUGCUGGGAUUGGCUGCUUUUCGUUGGAUUUGGUCUAGGGAGUCCCAGAAAGAAGUAGAAAAAGAGAGAGAAGCCUACCGUCGGAGAACUGCUGCUUUUCAACAGGAUCUGGAAGCCAAGUACCACGCCAUGAUCUCAGAAAAUCGGCGUGCUGUCGCUCAGUUGUCCUUGGAACUCGAAAAGGAACAAAACAGAACUGCUAGUUACAGAGAAGCCCUUAUCUCUCAGGGACGCAAGUUGGUAGAAGAAAAGAAGCUUCUGGAACAGGAACGGGCCCAGGUGAUGCAAGAAAAAAGACAGGUGCAGCCUUUGAGAAGUACGUAUUUGAGCUGCCUGCAAAGGGAGGAAAACUGGCAAAGGAGAGCCAGGCUUUUGCUGAAAGAAUUUGAAGCUGUUCUCACAGAAAGACAGAAUAUCUACUGCAGUCUGUUUCUUCCUCGCAGCAAGCGGCUGGAGAUAGAGAAGAGCUUACUGGUGCGAGCGUCUGUCGACCCCGUCGCCGCUGACCUAGAGAUGGCAGCCGGUCUCACCGACAUAUUUCAGCACGAUACAUACUGUGGUGAUGUCUGGAACACCAACAAACGUCAGAAUGGCAGACUCAUGUGGCUCUAUCUCAAAUACUGGGAACUUGUUGUCGAACUGAAGAAGUUUAAGAGAGUAGAGGAAGCCAUACUAGAAAAGUAAGACAAGAGUGAAAUCAAACUGCUUCUAGUGACUCGAGGCCAGGCAGUCAUGCGCCUUCUGGGUCUCCGGCGUCUUCCGUUCCCGUGCUGCCCGUGUCAUGGCCACACUGUCACCCUUCAGCAGCGACCUCCACUCCUGCCACCCUCUGAGCAGAAGUGCACCGAAGCCUCAGAGACAGAGGGUCCCCUCCCGAUGCUCUGCCGCUGUUGGGGAUAUGGUUUCUUGAAGCAUUUUUAGGCUGCCAGUAUUGUAUUAAACAGAACAGUGUAACCUCGUAUUUUAGCUCCAGGGUAAAAAUGGUUUUUUAAAAAGUCAAAUACAAUACUGGUCCUUACCACAAGUAAUUUUCUGUCUGUUUCAUCACUCCCUAAAUACCUUCUCCUCAAAUUAUUUUUCUCUGUCACCAGAUUAUAUUAAGAAUUUGUCAGAUAAUGUGUAGAACUGCAUAACAGGUAAUAGAAAGUAGUAAUAUUAUAUUAUCAAGGGUUUAUAUUUUAAAGAUCUCUCUCACUCCAUAAAGGGGAAAUACCAAGUGUUUCUUGUAUCCAGUUGUUACCUAAUGUGUGUUUGUUGUAUGCAGUUGUUACCUAAUGUGUGUUUGUUGUAUGCAGUUGUUACCUAAUGUGUGUUUGUUAUAUCCAGUUGUUACCUAAUGUGUGUUUGGAAUUUGGCUUGUGUCUGUAUUCAGCAAGCAGAUACUUAUUAGCAAUGAUAUAUACUCAAAAUACUUGCCAUUUAUGAGUAAUAAUGCCACUUUUUAUUUGUGUAAUUCUUCACUCUUUACAAAAUAUUUUUAUAUGUAUUAUCUCAUUGUUUACCACAGCCAACAAGGUAGACGACAGGCACUUAUCACCCCGUGUCACACAUAGCUACUGGGAAUUGAGCCUGUAUACCUGUUCACUCAUGGAAUCCUCAGUCGAAUCCUGUGAAGUGAGUAUUACUGUUACUCUUUGCGGAGGUGCCCCAAGGCCAGCCCCCAGGUGCGUGACCUGCUGGGAGAUCUCACAGGACUCAGCACAGAGCAGAAUCAGCAAAGGGAGAGGGUGUGUGGGUGGCGCUCAGAGGAGCCACGUGUGGACACCCCAGGAUCCACUCCCUGGAAUCAUACAGGACACACCUAACUGUUAAGAAUAAGCUCACUGGAGACUCAGCACCCGGGGCUUUUGCUAAGGGCUGGUCAUGUGGUACCCCCUGCCUGGCCUGUGUGGGAAUUCCCGACUUGUCCAGAAGGAGGGUGGGUUUGGUGUGGUCUGUGCCGUGAGCACGAGUACUGUGGCCACAGAGCCACUCAUAGGAGUUAAUGGUGCUGGGAAGUCUCCCAGAAUCCGAGUUCCCAGAUGUCAGGCAAGGGCCAGCCUUGCACACAGGCCCUGGUAGGACACAGCCUUGGGCCUGCUGUGUGAAUUUGUCACCACGCACCUCGCUUUACGGAGAUGUGGAAGAGCUAACCUGCCUGAGGUCACGCAGGUAGUAGUGUUGGAGCCAGUCUGAGCCCAGGCACCUUUUCUCCAGAACCGCGAGUAACCUGUGUGCAGUGAUUUGAUAGUGUGCGGCCAGGCAGGAGCGGGAGCAGGUUGUCCAUCUGCUUUCAAGGGCCGUGUUCUCCCCUCCUGCCCGUCUGUACGGGGAUAGGAGAAACUGUUAAAAAUCCUAAGCUUAUAGAGCCCACGUGGCAGUAUGAGAGCCACUAUGCAUGGAGUGCAUGUUCCACCCUGAGCUGUACACGCUUUACACGCAUGCGUUGUUUGAAAUCCUUGGAACCCCUUGAGUGCGGCGGAGGCGGGCUCAGAGCCAACAUGCACUGCCUGCAACAGACACGGGCCCCCUGCCACGCUCUGCUCUCGGCACCCACGCCCUGCUAAGGGUGCUCGGAUGCUUCACCCAGGCAGGAGUGCAGUGGUGUGAUCGCUAAGGGUGCUCAGAUGCUUCUCUUCUUCAGUGGCUGCUAGCGUGCCUCUCUGCUCUACCACCAUCGCUUUAUCUGAGAAAAAGUCACUUUUAUUUUCAUUUUUUAUUUUUUUGAGAGGGAAUCUCUGUCACCCAGGCAGGAGUGCAGUGGUGUGAUCUCAGCUCACUACAGCCUCCGCCUCCUGGGUUCAAGCGAUUCUCCUGCCUCAGCCUCCUGGGUAGCUGGGAUUACAGGCGUGCACUACCACACCCAGCUAAUUUUUGUUUUGUUAGUAGAGACGGGGUUUCACCAUGUUGGCCAGGCUGGUCUCGAACUCCUGACCUCAGGUGAUCUGCCGCCCCCGCCUUGGCCUCCCACAGUGCUGGGAUUACAGGUGUGGGCCACGGCACCCGGCCCCUAAAAAGUCAUUUUUUCGGUAAAUCUGGACGAAACUCUUCCUCUGGUUUGUACUUCCUGAUGCGUCAGACCCCUGCCUAAAGAGCGGUGUGGGCUCCAUUCCUGCGGCAGUCCGGUCUGCUGGGUGUCCCUGUGUGAACCACUCCGCGUUUGUCUUUAAAUGAAGAAAACACAGUCAGCUGCUUUGUAGGUGAAUGAUUUUCGAGGCAAAUUGUUAAUCCUCAUCCUGUUUCUAAUGUCCAGUGUGCUGUCAGCCUAGCUUCCUUCUAUAGUGAGAUAGAUAUGUUCAGAGCCUUCAAGCUGGUGUCGACACUGACCCGCUGACCCGGUCCUGCAGAGUUAGGAAGACGAGCAUUUUUUUUUGAGACAGUCUCAUUCUGUCGCCAGGCGGGAGUGCAGUGGCACAAUCUCGCCUCACUGCAAGCUCUGCCUCCCGGGUUCGAGUAAUUUGCCUGCCUCAGCCUCCCGAGUAGCUGGGACUACAGGUGCCUGCCACCAUGCCUGGCUAAUUUUUGUAUGUUUAGUAGAGACAGGGUUUCACCAUGUUGGCCAGGAUGGCCUCAAACUUCUGAUCUCAGGUGAUCCACCUGCCUCAGCCUCCCAAAGUGCUGGGAUUAGGGGCGUGAGCCGCCGUGCCUGGCCGGAAGAUGCUCUUUCCACAGGGUUGAUAUUAGGUCAUGUUUGUGUGGCGUGGCUGCCUUCCAUCAGCAAGUUUGAGUGUUGAUGUGAGGCCACCCUCUUUUGAAAUGGAUUGUGGUCGGUUUGGAAUAGUUACACAGUGCUGUGCCAUUUGGUAACUCCACACAUGUACCGAAAGGUGAGCCCACAGUGGAAUGCUCCUCAACCAAAGUGGUUUAAAGUUGCAAAGAAGGGUAAUUGUGCUGGUUGGUGUGUGUGCUGAAUUUGUAGCGACAUCAGAGUCAAGCAUUAUUUGUCCUGCUGCUUUCUUGGAGGUCACAGUAACUAUAAAACCGUGAGCCAGCAAGGCAGAGAGGACCCUUUGGGUUAAGGAGUGGAGCUCUGGGAGAUCCUAGGUUUUGGAAGCAGGUCCAGUUUCCUUGGGGAGAGGAGGGCUUGCUGCAGGGCGGAGGAGGGGCAGCCACUGUAAUCCUUGUCUGGAGUGAACACUGUAUAUGAGGUUGCAGUGGCUUAAAAAGGAAGGACUUUUGCGGGGAGGCGUUGAGAUUGUACUUUCUAAUUUCGCUUGCUUCAGACUUGACUUUGGAAUGGAGUUCGAAGGCAUCACAAUUGACCUGGACAUUCCAAAAACAAAACUGAAGAGGCAGCAUUUCUCUUCCGUAGUCCAGUCAGCUCAUUUGGUAGAUGUGCUUUUUCCUCCUUUGUUACCAUUCAUCCAUAAAGAUAUAUAAUUUGCAUAUAUAUUUCAUAUGCGUGCAUAUGUGUGUGUAUGUGUGAACUGGCAGGUGUUGAUUUCAUAAGGACAAAAUUGUUCUGCAAACCUUGCACCAAUUAUGGGGUGUUUCAGCGGAAAAACUUCACCAAAUGAUCUGUGUGUUCGUUCAAAGAAAAGUUAUGUCUAAUUAAAAUGUGUAACGGAC